AACUUUUGUUCGCGUUUAAUUAAUAUGCAUCGUCCGAGCGAGACAAAAGUAAAAGAUAAACAAGUUUAAAGUUCAAUCGCAUCAAAGUGCAGAGAUACACUUGCAAUUGCGGAUUAUUUGACGUUUGUUCCCCUCCCCACAUCAGAAGUUUUUCGAUUUGCAUAUAUGUAAAUAUAUUUUUUCUGUUUUAGAGUCGCACUUGAGAAAAAAAAACAGCUGUUUUGAUAUUUUAGCUUCGCGGAGGAAGAAAAAAGUGCCGAAAGUGUACAAAUGAUGGUCCCCUAAUUAUGCUAUAAUCUCGAAGGAGCUAAUAUGCUCUGUAUAAAUAUAUCGAGACACAUUAAAACUCAUAAAAAAAUACAAAGCAAUCGCCAUUUGAUCGAAUCAUCUCCAGUCGGCAGAUGCUGCAGAGACGAUCUGUCAUCUGUCAUCUGAAAUGCGCAUUCGCCGCGAUAUGGCGGCGUGUUAAAAAAACCGGCGGCUGUGCUGUGGCUUUGUUGACGUUUUUGGAUGUAAGCGAGAAGAUUGUUGAUACCGUGCGAGAAGCUUUCAGGAGAGAAUGAUUAAAAUAUCGGCGCUUAACGAAGAGUCGAGUGAAGAGAGCGAGGAGGAGGAUGUACCCACGAUCACGAAGGAGGCACAAGAACAAAUAGCGUUAACUGAAUACAACAAAGCCUUGGAAUUGUUGAAGAAGGAUAAACAGGAAGAGGCACUAGUUAUUUUUAGGGAUCUUUUGGAUACUGAAUUGCUGGAUGAAGUGGAGAAACCUGAAGUGCCAGAUGGAAGGUCGAGACCAAUGUUGUCCUUGAAAUAUUCCUGCUUCAAGAAUAUCGGUGCCAUUCAAGCGGCUUGUGGGAAUUACAAGGAUGCUGUAGAUAAUUAUUGGGAAGCUGCAAAUCUGGAUGGUUCUGACGUGACACUGUGGUACAGGAUUGGUACAUUAGCUAUGAAGAUUUCUAAUUUAGAAUUAGCUUGUUCGUCCUUUAAACAGGGCUUAAAGUGCAAUUCCAAUCACUGGCCAUGCUUGGAUAAUUUAAUAACUGUCUUAUAUGCCGUUCCUGAUUACAUGAACUGUCUACUGUAUAUUUCCGUGGCGUUGGAAAUGGAUCCUAAUUAUGUAAAGGGUCUGGCAUUUCGCGAUAGAAUAUUUAAAGACAUUCCAUGUAUGGAAGAAUGUUAUAAAUUUUAUAACAGUGACUGGCAAUUAGAUCCACCUUUGUAUACUGAAUAUGAUCAUUUAUUGGGUGACAAGUUAUUAGCAGAAGCGAGAGAGGUCUCUGCAAAAUGGGCAGAGGUUUGUAAAGCAGAAUUUAUGCCAAAACCUUUGCCAGAAUUGACUUUGAGAAUGCCUUUAAUAAACUGCACAUGGUUGGCUCUUGGAGAAAGUUUACUAGACAUGCACAGGUACAUUGCUGAAAGUGAUUUAAACUUUGUCAGUAGAAUUGUAUUAUCAGUUAGAAAAGCCGAUGACAAGGUUGCAGCAGUGAAUAAGGAAUGUGAGAUUGAAGAGAUUAACAGUAUGGAAGUAGAUCAGCAAAAUGUAAAUGAUUCAACUCCGAAUGCAGAAAAUGAUGUCGGCAAAUCUGUCAAGACCGAGACGGAAUAUUGCGAGAUAUCGGACGACAAUCAGGCUUUCAAUACAGCCUCGGAUACUGCGAUGGAAGUUGAAACGGAAGACGACAAGAAAUCUGGUUCGACCGACGUACAAAUAAUCGAGGAUGAAGAUCCACUGAGAAUGUCCGACACAGACGGUUUGCAAUGUGAAGAACAAAGCGAGACGAAAAACCUGGAUUCGGAGGAACAGAUGCAUUCCGAAACAGACGUGAAUAUCGACAAAUUAGAGAGCGAUAAAGUCACAGACGAUAUUUACAGUACGGAUAAUGGAGCACCAAAUGAGAAAUCCAGCGACAAAGAAAGCGAUAAAUCAAGUGACGAUAAGAUUUCUGAGAAGGGUGCUGAGAAAACGAGCGACGCGAUACGUAAAACAGACGAUAAAGCUCACUCCGAGAAAACUGAGGGAAAGGAAGAGGGACAGAAGGUGAAGAAAAGACGCAGAAGCGCACUGUGCUUUCUGCAACAAUGGGCCUGGAGCUGCAGCACCAUGAGACGAUCCGCGAGAGUCAGAGGUUCAAACAGACGAGAAGCAGAGAGGGACGAUGUUCAAUUGGAGGAGACACUUAGAAGAUUGUUCCCUAGUACUUUAUUACCCGAUACAGUAAGAUUGACUAAGGAUGAUGCUACUAAAAAUCCCGACGAUUCUAUGGACACAAUGGAUAUGUACCAGUUAUUUGCCAAUCAGGAGAAUAAUGCUAAUAUGGAAAUUCUCAAGAGCUCAGAAAGUUCUAAAUGUCCUAGCCCUGACACAAGUCAACAACAAAAAUACUUUGGAACAGAUGCAGAAACUGCUGAUGUGGACGCUUUUAUAAAUCAGCAUAGCAGUAAAAGUAAUUUAAUGAUAAUUAUCGCAAAAUUUACAGAAUUUCUGUGUACCAAGUGGAAUCAGAUGUGGCCAAAAGGAAUGUCAGAUAUUUAUCUACAGGCAUAUAUCUUUAUGAGGCAACAUAUUCCACAUUUGUCACCAUUUGAUGAUGUCGAUGAUAAGAUUCUAAAACUGGAUACUGAAAUGACACUUUUAUUUGGGGAGCUUCAUACAGAUAGGUGGCUGGAUAAUAAACCAGAUACUUUGCCAAAUCCAACAUUGGAUAAACUUGGUACUGGAAUGCCAGCAGAGGAAUUAGGACAUAUAAUAUUUACAAGUGUCAGGCAAGAUAUCGUAAAUGAUGAAAAUUUAUACAUCUUACUGAGAAUUUUAUGGCUUAAAGCUAGCAUUUUUCUGUGUCAAGGUGAUAUAGACAUAGUCAUAGGGACGCUACAGCUGUUGUUGAACCGUCUACAAGAUAUGGAAAGUAAAAGCCUGAGUCCAUGUAUUAAACUUUUAAAUUGUAAAAAUAAUUCUCAAAUCAGUGCCAAACUCGUAAAGAGAAAACUUACAUCAAUUCAGAGGGGUCAAAAAUUGGGUGAAAUUCAACAUUUGUACGACGAAAAGAAAUAUGCAGAACUGUCUUAUAUAUUGCAAGAUACUUUUAAAUUUGCCAAACAAAGACACAAAUUGAUGGUAACCAAUGAAAAUAUCGUUGACAGAGUUCGACAAUUAACUAUGUUACUUGACAGCUUGUGGCAGCUUCAACAGUAUGAGGAAUGUUACGUCUGGGCAGAAGCUUGUCUCAAUGAAUCAUGGCAAAAUUACUUGAAUUCAUCUGACGAAGCUGAACAAAAGAAGUGGACAAAUUCUGUUGUAAUGGCACUUGAAAAACUGGAAGCUUGCACGAUCGAAGUUAGUGUAUUCAUUGUAAAAUAUCUGCCGGAGUCUCGUCUGUCGAGAUUGGUGCAAAAUUUAGUUCACAUUGUCUGUCAUCAAUUGGAUGUACCAGAGAAUGCUGUUGAAAUGCCUUUGGAGACCGUUCUACCUUGGAUUCUGUUACAUUAUAUUCUUCAAUACGAAGAAGAUAAGGAAAGAGCAAAAGUGGAGUCUCCUUAUAAAAAUAAAUUGCAUAGCUCUAAUCAUUCCGAAUCGGAUGACGAGGAUGAUGGCAUCCCACCGUCUAUCAUGAUUCUGUUCACCGCCCACGAAUUUAUCGGCAGACACUCUUGGUGUUGCUUCAACGAGGCGAAACUCUUAUUUUUCAUCAUGAAUCUGAUUAUACCACAGCUUGAAACUCCCCUGUAUGCUUCUAUAAAGAGCAAACUCACGAAAUAUCUAGAACAGAUAUUUUUCUGUCUGUAUGGGCAUCCGAACAGGGUCAACAAGAUACGUCCAAAGUAUCUACAGGAUCACAUGGUGCCGCAAAUGGAAUUAACCUGGGAAGGAGCACAGUUGCUGUUCGAUUUUUACAAGCCGAAACAGCUACCCAAUUUUCAAUCCCCCCGUCUUCUUUCAAUUAGCACGGAUACAGAAAUCUUGUUUAAGAGAAUAAUCAGAUUAGUUCCGCGUGAAAGCGAUCCGAAUCAAAUAGUAGACGAGAUGACAGCGUACAUAAUCGGUGCACGAGACAAAAUGCCGAGCGUGAUGAAGCCGCUACCGCACGCGAUAUCCACAAUUUACUACUUACUGGGUGACUUUUAUUUCAAGAAUAACAAAUGGGAGCAUGCUUGCCGAUAUUAUUUAUUAGAUCUGUGUCUGUAUCCAAGAGGAUUAAAUUCGUGGGCAGGUCUAGCUAUGGCGACAGGCAGUAUAAUAGAGAAUUGGUUGAACAGUUAUAGACCUAUAGGAAAAGAUAAGUUUCUCAAUAAGGCAAAAAUGGCACAGUCGAGUUACCAACAUGCUAUCGAGCUUGCACCUGGUCAUUCUGUUAUUUGGACAGAGUAUGGAAAUUUUGUUUACAUAGUUCAUUCAUUUUGCUCGCGAUUGCUUAAGCAAGAGACCGAUACAUUGAGCAUGGAGAGAUUCGAAAUUUUGGAAACUAGAAAGGAGGAAAUGCUGGAGAUAGCAGAUCAGUGCUUUGAAUCUGCCAAUCGAAUAUGUCAAGCCAUCGAAGAACCGUCUAUACAGCACGACGAGAGAUGGCUUUAUAAAUAUAUGCUCGGUAAAGUCGCAGAGAAGAAAAAUCUAGAUCCUCCCACAUUCUUGGAGCAUUACGCAAAGGCUAGUGAAUUAUUAUAUGAGAAUAAUGCUCAAUAUCCGCGCAGAAUAAGUCACAAAAGUCCGCAAAAUUUAUCUAUAGAAGCGUUAGAAGUUCAUUACCGCAUUCAUGCGAGUAUAUUGAAAUAUUUGGAGCAACACGAAGGUAAACCAUUGAAAAAAUCAUUGGGUCAGUUAUUUAAUUGGCACCUUAAAAAUUGCUCCGAAGGACCGUUUAUGAAAUAUCAAUCUAAACUUAACGAAAAGAAGAGGGAGGAGAAUGCUGAUGUUGAGAAAACUACUUCAAAAGAAGGCGAUGCUGCAGUGGAUGCAGAUAAAAACGUAGUUACGAUAUGUCAACGCUCAAAUAGCAUUGAAGAGAUAGAAAUUAUAGAUAGAUCGAACAAGAUCUCCGAUGUUAAGACAGAAAUAGGAAAGUCCGAAAGCCGCAAAAGACUUCCUGAACAGUCACAUGACAACACGAAAAAAAUAAAAUUAAGUAAUGUUUCACAUUUACAAUUGAUGCAAGACGUCGUAGCUUUAAUAGACGAUUUAAUUACCAAAGUUUGCGAUAUGGUAUCGCGAAAGGAGAAAACGAGCGACGAUGUAAUGAUUGUUUCUAGUGAUGAAAGUAACGAACCAAAAUUGCAAAAGAAAAAGUUAGAAAACAAGAGUGUUGAUAAAACAAAAUCGCAGACAAAAACAGAAGAGAUUAAGAAAAUUUCAGUGAAUAUGUUGACAGUUGAUCCUGAACGAAAGACUGAUAAUGUACAGGAUUUAAUGGAUGCUCUUAUGAAACAGGCAAUGGAAAUUAGCCAGGAAACCCAACAAUCUUCCGCUGAUGACGAGGACACUAGAAGAUUCGAUGGCAAAUGGUUGCAAAACGAAGAUUUGCAAUCCUCUGGAAAAGAUAAUAAAGACAAGGUAGAAGAAAAAAGGAAAACACAGACCAAUGCAAAUGAAGAAAUGACUUUGAGCAGAAGAGGUUCUCAGGAAAGCACUACGACUACGCAAACUACAACUACAACUACGGAAACAAAUAAUUCAAGCUCCAGUAGUAGCGAAGAAUCUAGCAGUAGCGAUGAUAGUUCUGACAGUGAUAGCUCUAGUGAUAGCGACACUGAAUCUAUCGACAGCGAUGCAGAAAAAAAGAAGAAAGAUUCUGCUAAUGUAGAUAACGAGGAACAUAUGCCGGAAGAAGAGGUAGCGACAUUAAUUGCGUAUUGUCUAGCUGGUUUGGAACAGUGUAUAUUGAGAUUCGCCGAGCAUCACAAGUCCUUUUAUAGACUUGCACAUUUUUUCUUUAAUAAUAAAAAGGCGAAGGAUAUAGCGAAAUGCAAGGAUCUUUUGUUAAAGGCAUACAAUUGUCAAUUCUAUCCUGGACAAACCUUUCAAGGACUUUUUGCUGAAAGAAGAAGUACCAACUUUUUUAAUGGAGUAUGGCAUAUACCAAUCAAUGAAAUUGACAGACCCGGAAGCUUCGCAUCACACAUGUCGAAAUGCGUGACGUUACUCAUGCAGGUAUUAAAGGAAAGCAACGAUAGUCGAAUGUUGAUGCAGUUGUGCAUACAGCUCGGAAAAAUUCCAGAUUCAGACAAAAAAUACUUACGUGAUUCCGAGAGAGAACAAUUAUCCCGACAAGCUUUGACUCUUUGUCAACAAUCACUCAGAAGUAGAAUUCAGACAAUGGGUUCGGCAAGCACGAUCGACAGCGUUCACCUUAUUAGAACAGACGCCAGAACGCAAGUUCUGCUUGACGUGUAUGAAACAUAUCAACUUGUGCAAAAACACCUUCAGGGUAAAGAGUCGACUAUACAAGCGUUCGCGACAUUAUUGACGGACACUUACAAAAUGUACAUAGGGAAUAAAAAUCUGGAGGGAAAUGUCCUGGAAAUCGCAAUCAAAUGUUGUCAACGGCAGAUACAGGCGAACAAAAUUGCAUCGAUUAACAGCAAUAGCUGUCAUGUGCAAUCACAAGCCACUUCUACUAUUCCGGCACCCACGCCGCAGAUGCCAGUAAACUCGACAUCAUCGCAGAUCUUGCAGAAUCGCAAACCACAUAGAAACCUAACGACCACUGGACGUCCGAGGGGACGUCCACCUAAUGCUAACAAAUACUUGCAGCAUGCUAUGCAGCAGAGCGGCAACGUGAUGAAUCAAUUCGGUUCCAAGAGUAACUUUGCGAAUUUCAUGAGUGCGUCCGGGCCGAAUCGUUCCAUGAUAAAUCCUUACUUCAUGAAUCCUCUAGUCGACCCGAAUAUGCUAUCGGCUAUACUGGCCAGUGGACUAGGCGGCAAUAUGAUGGAUCCUUUAUCAGCUAUGAGCUACUUGAAUCAAGUAGGAAGCUAUCAGGAUAUAUUAAGGCAGUAUCAGAACAAUCUAUCGUCGUUAACCAAUCUUGCCAGUGGUUUAAACAACCCAGGUACUACAAUAACCGCUGGCAUUAGCAAUGUCUCGACCAUGAGUACAUCCAGCAAUGUCAAUACUUCGAGUAAUAUCAGUAAUUUAGGUAAUUUGAAAGGAUCUUUAGACUCUAUGACAGUGCAGCAAUUGUUAAGCUUGAGCAAUUCUACGGCGUCAACGUCGCGACCCAUGUACCAUCAAACGACAGCUAAAACCAGCACAACUAUGUCAAUGACAAAGGAUCGACCUAACAUAUCUAUAACGCCGGUGAGCCAGCAGCAGCAACAACCACAACAACAACAGCCACUGCAGCCUCAUCAUAAGGCGAAACCUACCAGCAAGCAGCCGAGCUUACAAACUGAUACAGCCGCGGCAUUGCAUCCCGUCCACAUUCCGAAAUCGCUUCAGAUAUCGCCGACAAAACCGGUAUUACAUACAGCAAACGCGACGGCGGCAGCGCAGGUGUCCCUGCUCAAACCAUCCAUCAUUCAACAGGUGAAAAGCAGCUCGCCAAAGCAGAUAAGUGCGCCGCAGAUACGCGUUUCGAAAUCGUUGACCGAGCCACAGCCCGCACAUAACAACGCAUCGCUAUCACAUUCGCCUUUGAAGAACAACAGCAACAGCAGCAGUACUAGUGUUGUGACGACGAAUCCGCAGAUCGCCCACGCGUCCAUGAGUGCACCUGUAAUUAUGAAACAACAGCAAACGCAUCCCGUGCAAAACUUACCUAUAAAUGUGUCGCGAUCUGGCACGUCGUUGCAGCACAAACUGUUAUCGAAGAAGAAUUGUCAGCGACCUUACUCCAAUGUUCAAGCGAGUGUACAGAGCAUGCAUUCCAACGUGAAGAAGACGACGAAGACGGCGAUGACGAAAACUGCCACGGUGAUGCCCGUAUCGAUGCCCGGUAACUUUCCAAAUAUAUUGAAUCCGAUAUCAUCAGGAAAUCCCACAGCGAUGUCACAAUCGCCCUUUAUACCGCCGGAAUUGAGCGGCAUCUCGGUGAGUCCUGUCGUCACUCCGCAAUCCAGCAGUAUCAAGCCUGUCGCGAGCGUCAAGUAUCAUGGCUAUAAGAAAUCGUCUGUAACCGGCAACAAGUUGGCGAAGCCGCUGCCGCCGGUGACGAUGGACGUGCCGUCAAGCUCGCUACCAAGCUCCUCGGCUUCGUUUCCUCAGGGUGGCACCGUCGAGGCGCUCUCGAUGCUGUCACAAUUGCAGCAGCAUUCGCAUCUAGAGAUAAUACCCCAGCAAAAAGCGCCGCAGUUAAAGCCCAGUCUGGACUACUCGAAAAAUCUUUCAUCCUUAAGUGUAGUGCCGCAAAAGGUGACCUCGGAAACGUCUAGGCCGUCGACGACCGCUGAUUGUAUGCCUGUGUACGAUAUACCGAGGGGAAAACCUGCUAAUAUUUCCAAUAAGAAAACGCAGGACAAACUCGUAAACGAUAGCGUCGAAAUAAUAACACUGGACGAUUAAGAAUUCGUGACGGAGGCUCAUCUUACGCAAUGAUGUAAAUUUUUUUUUCCUCAAAGAAAACGUAAGUAGUCAUUGAGCCGAGACACUGAUUGCUAACUUGUUGCAUUGGAGAAUGAAGCAAAUCAUUAUUUACACAACAGUAAGAACAUUACAAGAGAAAUAAUACUUUUAUAAAAUAGUUUUGCGUGAUAAUAGGUUCGUUAGUCUUUUGUAUGUUAUGUGUUUCGUAUAUGAAAAUCUUGAGCAAUUAAGUUAAAUUAUAUAUAAUGAAUUAUUUAUGCAAAAUUGUUUAAAAACGUCCAAUGCAGUGAGUUGAUGUGGCUAAUUUAUAUAAUAAACCAUUUUUUAGCUUUAUUAUAUUAUAUAAAGU